GCACAUAUCUGGAUCAUUUUAAUGCACACUUUAAAAGAGGACUACUUUUCUUUUAGAGGACAGAAGAUUAUGAAACUUUUUGGUAACAACAGUAACUCAUUUCUUUUUAGUUUCAUUUCCACAGAAACGGGAACUGAAUGAGUUUAGCAUGUUCUAACACAAACACAGAGACCAGAAGUCUCUCAGCAGCAGACCAGUGCAGGAUGAUGAAAAUGACCAGAAGAGUUGCAUGGUGCUGUGUAGCUCUGCUCUUUGCCCUAUCCUCUGUGUCUGCUGUGAAAAAGCUGAAAUCCAUCAACGAUCUGAAGAAAAUUAACUUUGGCCAGUCUGUGCCCACACACAGUCUGGUGCUGCUUCACUGGUUUGCCAACCAAGUUAUCAUUAAUGACAACAAUGGAAUACGACUGACCUUUGACCCCAGCACUGGAGAUUAUUGCUCACAUCAUUACGGCAACUUUGAGGGACUGUUGGACCCACCACCCCGAGGACAUCAGUACUACACUGUUGGAAAUCUCAAUCAAGACACGUCAGUUCCGCUUCCACCCCAUGUUGUCAAUCCCCCAACUUUGUUUAAUGAAGGAAACAGGGACAGGAUCAUAAUCAGAGUCAGGGACCAGUGGAUAGACCAAGUGUAUAUCACACAGCAUUAUGACAACUCAGACAACCUAGGGACACCUUAUGAUCCACAUCAUACCUAUCGGAUCACUUUGAGCCUCUUAAGAGAGAUCGCAAAGUUUUCUCUGAGUGCAAACCACCAGACUCGGACGUAUCUUAGAAAUCAAAUUCGAGGUAAUGUCAAUGUUUCCGACAUCCAAAAUGUUUGGGGGCACCUUGCCAUCCUUGGACUGUUCUUGUGUGUUGUGAUGAACAGCACAGUCCACUAUAAGGAACCAAGCAGGCCAGAAAGCAGGCACAAUCAGGAACCGAGCAGGCCAGAAAGCAGGCACAAUCAGGAACCACGCAGGCCAGAAAGCAGGCACAAUCAGGAACCACGCAGGCCAGAAAGCAGGCACAAUCAGAAACCGAGCAGGCCAGAAAGCAGGCAAAAUCAGAAACCACGUAGCUCAGAAAGCAGGCACAAUCAGAAACCACGCAGGCCAGAAAGCAGGCACAAUCAGGAACCACGCAGGUCAGAAAGCAGGAACUAUCAGGAACCACACUGGCCAGAAAGCUGGCAUAUUAAUGAGUUGAAUCGAAACAGAGAGUCAGUCAGCAACCACAACUUAAGAUCCUGGAUUUGCCCAUGCCUGGGCUUUGUCUUUGUAUUUAUCGUCAUUAUCAUCAUUAUUGUUAUGUUUUUGUUAGUCAGAUUUACUUAAGUAUAAGUGUUGUUUCGAUAAAAUUGAGAGAUGGGCUGCUCUUCUCUGUAUGCUGCAGAGGGCUGAGAGUCUGCAGGCUUUCAUCACAUCUUACUAUCAUUGUUAGGGGAUGAUUGACAAAUCAACUGAGUUUCAAUUUUUCAUUCUACAACUCUUCCUCUCACCUGCGGUGUCCCUCAAGGGUCUGUACUUGGUCCAAUGCUCUUCACCACGUACAUGCUCCCCCUUGGUCAUCGGCAUGUAUGCAAUUUAAAUCCACUGUUACGCCGAUGACACCCAGCUGUACAUCAAAACUGAUUCAACUGCUCCGUCACCACUCUCAACACUCACCACCUGCCUGGGGGAGAUAAAGGCAUGGAUGAGUCAGAACUACCUUCAACUCAACUGCUCUAAAUCCGAAGCCAUACUUAAUGGCACCCCCCACCAGGUCCAAUCAUCCUCUAUAACCACCAUCACCUUUUCUGGACAAUCCAUCCCCAUUUCAUCCACUGUCACCAACCUCGGUGUGAGACUGGACCCUCACCGAACUUUUGACAACCACAUUAAACAUCUGUGCAAAUCCUGCUUCUUCCACUUAGAGAACAUUGCCAGACUCCGCCCCUCCCACACUGUAUCUGAUGCUGAAAAGCUUGUCCACGCCUUCAUCUCCUCCAGACUCGACUACUGCAAUGCCCUCCUCAUUGGGACCCCCAGCAAAAGUCUCCUACAAAGUCACUCUCAUCACCCAUCAGUGCAUCUAUGGAAACGCCCCACUAUACCACAAAGAACUCCUCACCCAGCAAACCCCAACCCGGAAUUCAUGCUCUGCACAUCAAAACCUCCUCCACCCUCCCAGUACCAAGCUCCGGACCAUGAUAGACCGGGCACUUCUGUGCUGCUGCACCACGUCUGUGGAACUCUCUGCCCAGCCACCUCAGGACCCCACAGACCGUGGAUGCUUUUAAAAAACACUUAAAGACCUUCCUCUUUAAAGAGGCUUUUAACUCCUUUCAGUUCACUGUGUGCCUGUAGCACUUUGAGAUUUCUUGAAAUGAAAAGCGCGUUAUAAAUAAAAAUGUGUUACUAUUAUUAUCAUCAUAAUACUUUGACAGACUUUGCCUGGAUGGAAAAAAUAUUUGCUAUAAAUCACUUUCCCUUAUAUUUUUUCUUCUUUGAAAAUGAUAAAAGAUAGACUGCAUUUAUGUGGAGCUUUACCGGUCAUCUGGCUCUUAAGGGGCUUUUAUGAUACAUGCCACAUGCACCCUUUUACACAUCUUCACAUGAUUGUAUAGUGUCAUGCAAUGCUACUAAUCAGCUAAUCAUUUGUGAAUAUUUCUAGACUGCAGGCAGUUUGUUAAUAUCAUAGAAAGUUUUUGUUUAUUGCAAAAUUAUUUGAUCUGAGGAUUGUUUGUUUGUUUUAAUGCACUGCUCUGCCAUCAUCAAUGCUCCAGUAUGUCUAAAUAACAGUAAUGACUCAAUGCUGAUUCCUCCUGCAACUGAUAGAGGUGGAGACAGUCUUACCUGAUAAGUUAAAGUUUUAUAGUGUGUCCUUUCUCUGAUAAUAUCUAGAUUUUAUAAACAGGAUUGUAAUCUUGUUAUGGUUGUUUUUUUCUGUGAUGUGAAAAUUGUGAUUAUUAAAUGUUUUGGUUUGUCAGCCAGA